UUCUUGUUUUGCAUUUCAAAUGAUUAAUAUUAUCAUCAUUAUUUUAGGUUUAUUGGCAAGAUAUUGGAGGUAUGCACGAAGUAAAACAAAAAUUGAAAGAAGCAAUAGAAUGGCCAGUGAAGCAUCCCGAAAUAUUUCAAAAAAUGGGAUUCCCACAGAGACAUGGUAUAUUGAUGUAUGGUCCACCUGGGUGUUCUAAAACAAUGAUUGCCAAAGCAUUAGCUACAGAAAGUGAACUUAAUUUUAUAGCAAUUAAAGGUCCUGAACUGUUUAGUAAAUGGGUUGGUGAAUCUGAAAGGAAUGUGAGAGAAGUAUUUCUUAAAGCAAAAAACAUGGCUCCUUGUAUUAUUUUUUUUGAUGAGAUAGACAGUUUAGCUUCACAGCGUGAAAGUUCGGAAGGAUCAAACGUAGGCAACAGAGUAUUGACACAGCUAUUGAUAGAAAUAGAUGGAAUGGAGCAAUUGAAAAAUGUUUUCAUAGUUUCAGCGACUAACAGACCAGAUAUGAUUGAUAAGGCACUACUGAGACCUGGAAGAUUAGACAGCAUAAUUUAUGUUCCAUUACCAGAUGCAAGUAGUCGAAAAGAAAUAUUAGAAAUUGAAAUAAAGAAACGGCCUACAUCUUCUGAUAUAGACGUCUCAUUAUUAACAAGACGUACAGAAGGAUUUUCUGGUGCUGAGGUAUUUCAGUGUUCUUUGUUUUUUUGUAAUUAACCCAUUUUACACUUUUAGAUUGUAUAAUGUAGUCUUAGGAAGGCAAUGGCAGAGUCAGGCUCUAUUUUGAGACCAUCAUCUGCUU